ACACACACACACACACACACACACACACACACACACACACACACACACACACACACACACACACACACACACACACACACACGCUUGUAUGACACGUCCGCCACGACGAGUUGCGCUCGCGGACUGGGCUACCCCUCUCGUCAGCGAACUCAGAAGCACGCGGAGUUUCCAGAACACUCAAAGAGGAGCUAUGCAUCUUCUGAAGAGACCCCCAGGGACCAGCGGGAGCCUGCUUUCUCAUCGGACGUAGUGUCUGGCCCCUCCGUCGGCUCCACCUCCCUCCCUGAGGCGGUGUCACCAUGCUUAGUUAGCCUUAAACCCUAAAAAGGUUGCAACAGCUUUUCCUCCGCUCGCGCCUGGACUAUUUCUGGACUACUUCUGAACAUUCCACAAACCGUGACGGAAUACAUGAAGGAAUUCAUUUUUUUUUUUUCAAGAUUAAAGCGCAAGGUUGUCGUGAAUCAAGACGGGAAGAGGGAAGAACAUGUGGCACCAUGAUGUGCGGCUAAAUAAUACAUGACCGGGUCAGACACAUCAAAGCUGCCUCCAAGACGACGGCUGAUUGAAGACCAAGAAAGGCGAGAAAAGAAAAGGCUAUUUCCAACCCUUUUCGUAUGCGGCCUGAGAUAAUUGGUGACGCCAAUUAAAAAAGCAAUCUUAACGCCCUUAUCGUCAGAGAUGGAGCAACCUGCGACACUCUGAAAAUUCAGUCAUACUAAUUAGCUCAGCAAGUAAUCAGUGUGAAUAAUCAACCUCAUAAAAAUCAAUAGCAUCCUAUUGAUUUGAAUGGAUGGAAGCCCACCCAGCGUGAAGGUUGCGGUCUGUGUUUACCUGUUUGCUUCUUAAAGGCCUGUUGGACAUGAAUAACCAAAAACACCAUUCUGCAUCCGUCUCUACACAGCCGUGUGCUUUGGGCUGCUUUAGAAUUUGACCCCUUUUGUGAGUCUCGUGUGUGUGUGUGUGCGCGUCAGUGUGUGUGUGCGUGCCAUGAUGCUUCGCCGCGGCCUGCUCUCCUGGGCGUCCCGCGUGGGCGGGGUGCUGGUGUUGGUCUGCUGCACCCUGUCCCUCCUCUACGUCAUGAACUGCAGCCCGCCCCAUCCUGACGCCCAGCCCCCGGGCCACACACUCCCCUCCCUGGGGGGGGCGCCGGGGGGGGCGCCUGGGGCCCCCCGGCCCCCAAGAGGAGGAGGAGGCGGGCCCCCGGGGGGACAGUCCUACCAGGUGCUCCUGCAGGAGCGAGAGGAGCAGCACCGCAUCCACAUCUCCUCCCUGAAGUCCCAGAUCUCCCAGCUGAAGGAGGCGCUGCAGGAGCGCAGCCUGCAGCUCAAGGGCGUGCAGGAGACGCUGGACAGGGCCUCCAGCAGCAGGGGAGGGGCCCCCGGGCAGGCGCAGGGGCCCGGGGCCCCGGGGCCCGCCGCCGCUCGCGGAGGAGGAGGAGGAGGAGGAGGAGGAGGAGCGGCGGCGGCCGUAGGGGACGGGGCCCUGGGCGGCGCCCGGAGCCAGCAGGCGGACCUCCAGGAGUUCCUGGCCGGCCAGCUGUCGCGGGCGGAGGUGAGCGUGGGCGUGCGGCUGGCCAGCGAGUACGCCGUGGCGCCCUUCCAGAGCUUCACCCUGCAGCGGGUGUACCAGCUGGAGACGGGGCUCACCAGGCACCCCGAGGAGAAGCCCGUGAGGCGGGACCGCCGGGAGGAGCUGGGGCAGGCCCUGGAGGCGGCGCUGCUCGCCCUCAACGCCGCGCCCCGUCGUCCCGGGGAGCAGGGGGGGAGGGGGGGCGGCGGGGGGGCGGCGGCCGCGGCGGAGAAGGUCUACACGCCGUCCGACUUCGUGGAGGGCAUCACCCGGACGGAGAAGGACAAGGGCACCAUGUACGAGCUGACCUUCAGAGGGGCGGCCAAGAGGGACUUCCGGCGCAUGGUGCUGUUCCGCCCGUUCGGACCCCUGAUGAAGGUGAAGAGCGAGAGGGUGGACACCAGCAACAUCCCCAUCAACAUCGUGGUCCCGCUGGCCCGACGCACCGACACCUUUAAGCAGUUCAUGCAGAACUUCAGGGAGGUGUGUGUGCGCCAGGAUGGUCUAGUCCAUCUGACAGUGGUGUAUUUCGGGAAGGAACAGGUUGAAGAAGUGCGCGGCAUUCUAGAGAACACGUCCAGGGAGGAAAAUUUUAAGAACUACACUCUGAUCCAGCUGGACGAGGAGUUUUCCCGGGGCCGGGGUCUGGACCUGGGGGCCCGAGCCUGGGAGGGAGGCAACGUUCUGCUCUUCUUCUGCGACGUCGACAUCUACUUCAACGCUGACUUCCUCACCACCUGCCGACUCAACACCCUACCUGGUAAAAGGGUGUUCUACCCUGUGCUCUUCAGCCAGUACAACCCCACACUUAUCUACGGAGGCCCCGACCACAUCCCACCAGUGCAGCAACAGCUGGUGAUUAAGAAGGACACAGGGUUUUGGAGGGAUUUUGGUUACGGCAUGACCUGCCAAUACAGAUCGGACUUUGUAAACAUAGGGGGCUUCGACGUGGACAUCAAAGGCUGGGGCGGCGAGGACGUCCACCUCUACAGGAAGUAUCUCCAUAGCAACCUGCUGGUGGUGCGGGCUCCCUCCAGGGGGCUGUUCCACCUGUGGCACGAGAAGCACUGCGCAGACGAGCUACGCCCGGACCAGUACCGCAUGUGCAUGCAGACCAAGGCCAUGAACGAGGCCUCGCACGGCCAGCUGGGCAUGCUGCUCUUCAGGCAGGAGAUCCAGGCCCACCUCCGGCAGCAGAAGCCCGCCGCAAAGCCCCAAAAGAAGACCAAAGCCUAAAGGACUGAUCAUGGUUCCACGUUGAAGCAACGCAGGGGGCGGGGGGGGUUACGGAGCCAUCACGUCCUUUCGGACCCUCCUUGCGUCCACCGCAAGGGCCUGACCGGCGCCUCCCAGAAAUUGUAGCCUUGCGUCGAGGCACGCAGCAGCAAGGGCUGGAAUUGGUUCCGCUCACUUAAACCCGACUCAGAACCAAAACCGGUUCGCGACUGCGUCGAAGCGUCUGUGUUGUCAUGUGUUGGCGUUGCGUCGACGUGGAACCAUAAUUGAGCCUUAACGUCGGGAAUCCAUUAAGGAGGAUGCCCCUUUGCGCUGUCAUGACUACUUUAAGGCACGCGUAGGCUGAGAGACUGAGAGAGGGCCGUGAAGGGAAGCGUUAUCUCGGUCCGCUGCCACGCAAUGUCCCCGCAUCUUGCUUCAUGUGAGCUGUGGUCGCCGUUGAGCAGUCCCUGGUCGCCUACUAACUAUGAGCUGUGUACACCAGUCUCCCAGUCUAUUUGAGCUGUGUACACCAGUUAACAUUCCCCCGAGCGAGAAGAAUAAGAACAUGACAACAACAACAACAACAACAACAAAGACAAGAAUGAAUUCAGAUGUUUUUUUAAACAUGUUACAGAGACUGAUAUCCCUCUAUAGGAAGUCCCGCCCUCUCUCUGGUCGUUCCCCGUUAAACCCGUGUAACUGGAACAGAUAUUGCUUCCGCUCUUGCAUGACAGGAAGUCACGCCCUCUCUCUCGCCUAUAACGCACAUUUGGAGGACCCCACUCAAGACGUUACGUGGUGAGAUGUGAACGCCUUGUAAACGCCGUUAUACCAGAGCUAACAGCGAGGUUCUAUAUUAUGUGUGAAACUUUUGGGCAAAAAAAUUCGCAUUCAUCUCGACAACUGGAGCAACGAACAACGUGGGAGUUUCGUUCAAGCGAAACUUGAUCUUGGUCUGUUUUACUGCUGUCCCAUCGGUGGGAAAUGGGCGGAUAGAAGAAGCAGUUUUGGCUGUAACUGUAUACUCGUGGCAAUAAAUGAGCAGGAAGGACGGACAAAAACCCUCCCUGUAGUGAGGUCUUUGGAAAAAAUCUCAUGAAAAAACUAGCUCUGGAAGUUAUACAGAGAAUGAAGUCAGAGUCGUUAAGUGCCUUCUAUGACGAAAAUGCAGAUAUUUUUUGUCUUCUUCUUAUUGGAUGAGUCAAUGGUGCCAUCUAGUGGACUGACGUUGUAAAACUUCCUUAACGAUAUUUUUUAUUUUAUUCAUAAUUAUUUUCUUUUCAUUACUACAUGCCCCCUUUCUUCUAAUUUAUACGUGUGUUUUUCUUGAAAUGCAAACAGCAGGUCCCAGUACACACAUAUAAUUAAAUAUUGAAGUGUAAGCAAAACGAAACAUGAAUGUUAUUUAAAUGUUUGAAAUUGUCUAAAGUAUAAUCUCUUCUCAAUAUGAAAUACUUUUUUUAACAGAAAAAUUCCACUUGCUCAUGACUCCAAAUCAUGGAUUUCUUUGGCCCCAAUUUAUUCAAAUGAUCCUUACUAUCCAUUUGUGACAUAACAAAUAGGGGUGCCCACCAGUUGUGUGAGAGACACGGUUGGAAUGAGCCAUCAACUCCAGUCUACCAGUCACUAAAUUCCCCAUGAAGAUGACCAAAUAUAGCCCUAACCCCUGACCGGUUUACCAUACACCUGGGUGGACCCUCCCACUCCACUUAUGAUGUCAAAAAAAGACAAACUCACAUAAGCUGGGUAUGAUAGGUUCCCUUUAACAUGGUUGACUAAAGGUCUAUUUUUAUGUCUGCAAAUUAGUUAGGAGAAUUUUUUCUUUUUGAUUAAUGCUCUUUAUGUAUAAAUACAUAUAUAUAUAUAAAUUAUGUUAAAUGCAAGCCUGAAUGUUACCCUGGUUAAAUAUGUUUUAUUUUAUUUUUUUUAAUUCUCACACACACACACACACACACACACACACACACACACACACACACACACACACACACACACACACACACACACACACACACACACACACACACACACACACACACACACACAAUGUUGGGUAAAAGGUAUCAAAGUGUUAUCAAGGUGAGGUAUAAUGCAAUGUAGUGAAAUUAAAACAUGGAAAAUUUAUGUUAGCCAAAACAGCCAAUGGUUGAUAUGAAGCACAAUUUCAUAAAAUUAUAAUAGAGUCUAAUAUAGCAGCCUGUAAUAGUGACUCUAAUUUAACUGUACUUUUGUUUUAAUUAUAUCCAUCAGACAACAUCCUGAAAAGAAUAUAAGAAUACAGACAGCUAGAAUAGGCCUGUUAAUAAAUAUAUAUACAUCGAUUCGCCGCUAGAUAGCAGCAUCGUGCGGAAAAUAAGAGAAAAAUGGUCCCUUGCCUCCUCAUUUCUUUCUAAUUCAGGAAAAUCUGUGUUCAGUUUUAGGAUUGUUCAGAAAGAUUUAGAACCCUUCGACUAGGAUUUUAACAUCAGUGACACAAAAGGAAGCAUGCAAUUAGAAAGUAGGACAUCACCAAUACAGUCAUAAGGAAAAUGUAGGCCUGAAUCAAUAACGCCCUUCUUGUAGGGCAUCUCUGACCUUAACCUUCCUCAACCCUGACUAUUUGUGUCAUGAAUGUGUGAGGAUAUUUACGAACAAAGUUUCCUGUUCAGUUUAGGAAUUUAUUUUGUUAUGACUGUUGGGCGGUGUUACGUAGAAUACUUCAAAUAAUAAAAUACAAAUGGUCUGUA